AAACCGUCAAAUCCAACGCUUUGUUUUCCAAAGCUACGAGCUUAGCCUUAAUCGAUCUUUUGUGUCAAGUUGAGGGGCAAAAUAAACCUUUGUUAUCAACGGACCCUUCAGCAAACUGACUAAACGGCAUCGUAUUACAAACAGCAGUUGGAGAUUUGUUUCACAAUUUUCAGAUUGAAAACCCUAUUUUUUUUCAUUAAAAUAAAAAGACGAUUACAAUGGCAUACACUUUAAAGUUACUUAAUCAGACAGUUAAGUUACCGUUAUCUUCAGUUGAUUAUUUGUACUGUUCUUCGUCAAUCUGUAAAACCCGAUUAGUAAAUGGUAAAUAUGAGCUUACAAGAACACUGAUAAAGCAGCUUAAACCUACAAUGGCGAUGCACUGUCCAUUCUCAAAAUUACUGCACUCAGAAAGUAUCCGUAAUAUACUAAAGUUAUCAGGAAGGACAUUGAGUUUCAGACGAUUACUAGGUGUGUCAUUUGUUAUAGGAUCCGUAGGCUCUUAUAAUCAGGUUGCAUAUGCAAUGGAGGGGCAAGAUAUAUUGGUGGAUGAUAGAGAUUAUUCGGUUGGCUUAACAAAUGUGGAAAAAUAUUGUCCUUUGAUUUGGAUAUUUGUCAAAAAAUUAUGGCUUCCUGCUUUUUUCUUGCUCACUGUUCUCACGAAUUGGAAUCAUCCUAUUAUGCUCCUUACUAAAGCUCUCCUUUUUCUGUUUACCACCAAGCCUAGCCCUUUAUCAGUUUAUGUAUUUGUUGAACAGUUGUGCCAGCGAUCCAUGCGUGAAAAACCAUACUUGUGCUUGAUAAAGUCAUUAUAUGCCAACAAAGUGGAAGUUGAAGACUUCAAACUUUUCUGCCUUGCCACAGUUGAAGUAAAAGACCAGAAGGUUACUUUAAUAGGUGUUCUCGGAGGUUGGUGGACUUUGCCAUUGUCAUGGAGACAUAUGUCUGUGUUUUGGGACGGUGCUCUUCAUUGAGAAAGGAAGAGGUAGAUUUAACUAUUUUUCAUGAUAAUUUGCGUUUAAUCUUAGAAAAGAAUGAAUGAGAUACAUCGACAUAUAGGAAUUUCCUUUAGAGCAAAUAUAUGAAACCCAUGAUCCUGAAAUCUUGUUUGUUUGUCUGCAAGUGCAUAAUAGAGUUUGUCAACUUUCUUCAGGUUUCUAAUUUUAUUUUUUCUGGACAAAAAAUUAAUACACUGAGAUCCCAGUUUUCCAUCUGACACGACGGAACAACUUUUAUGUCCGGUAGGUUAUCACAUUGUUUAUCGGGCUGAGGUAGAUGUUCUUUUGUCUUGAAUUUGGGAUAAAUAAUGUUACUGACUUGCAGCCAUUUACUCUUCACGAGUCUCCCUCAAUUCCUUGAAAACUUACAAGUCGGAGUAGAGAAUAAGUGAUAUUAGUCGAUGCGUCUUGUUGAAAUUUCAUGCUCCAGCAAUUCAUUUCUUUCCGAGUCUUGUACCAGCAAGUGGUAAUCUCCGUCAUCUUCGACGGCUGAAAUGGUAUAGGCAGAGGGACCGCAGAACAUACCGCCAGAUUGAGGGAAGUAGAUUAAGGUGACAGGAAGAGUGCAUAGAAUCAUCAUAACUCCCAUCAGAGAAAUACUUGUUUGCUUUGAGAAUCUUGAGCCUGAAAAUAAUAGUAACUGAGUCACUACUGCCCCCACAGUUCCUCCACUCCCAGUCAUUCCUGAGAUUACUCCAAGCGACCUGCAAUCACAUAUUUAUGUGUAAUUGUCAUUAAACCUUCAAACCGAGUGUCUUGAUAAUCCUAUUUAAUUCAAAGAAAAUGUUUUAAUCUUUA